UUGACUCACACAUCCAUCGUUUUCUGCAGCGGGUAAAGGAGUUGAGGAGGGGGGUUUAGUCAGUCACUCGCCUCAUUGCCCGGCGGCCCUUCUACUGAGCUCGAAGCUUUUUUUAUACAUACCGAAGACUUUGUUCGCACCCAGGACCAAGUGCUCAGAGCCGACGGUCUGCAGCCUGUGCUUGUGUUUGUGCAGUGAGGAAGACAAAAUGAAGCAAGCUCUUCUUAUCAUCAUUGGAUUUCUCGGGUGUUGUUUAUCAGUUCCAGUUUUCCCAGAAAAGGAAAAAGAUCCCAAGUACUGGCACGACUUUGCUCAGAAAACACUGAAGAAAGCUUUGACCUUGCAAAAACUCAACACCAACAUUGCAAAAAAUAUCAUCCUGUUCCUUGGAGAUGGCAUGGGAGUUCCUACGGUGACUGCAGCUCGUAUUCUAAAAGGACAGAUGAAUGGGGCCAGUAAUGGAGAAGAGUCAGAGCUGGAGAUGGACAAGUUUCCCUUUGUUGCAUUGUCUAAGACCUACAACACAAACGCUCAAGUGCCUGAUAGUGCGGGAACUGCCACUGCCUACCUGUGCGGAGUGAAGGCCAACGAGGGGACGGUGGGCGUUAGUGCUGCGGCUGUACGUUCCAAGUGUAACACCACAAGUGGGAAUGAAGUUACAUCUAUCCUGAAGUGGGCCAAAGAUGAAGGCAAGUCAGUGGGAAUUGUUACCACCACACGAGUGAACCAUGCCACCCCAAGUGCUGCCUAUGCCCACUGUGUUGAUCGGGAUUGGUUCUCUGAUGGCGAGAUGCCCAUGGAAGCCAUUCAGUCAGGCUGCAAGGAUAUUGCCCAGCAGCUCAUUACCAACAUUCCUGAUAUCAAUGUAAUUUUGGGAGGAGGCCGCAAAUACAUGUACCCCAAAAACACUCCUGAUAUGGAAUAUCCCAAUGAACCGAAGUACAAUGGCACCCGCCGUGAUGGGCGCAAGCUUGUUGAAGAAUGGAAACAAGGAAAAAAGAAAGCUCAUUAUGUGUGGAACAAAGCUCAGCUGCUGAACCUGGACACCAACCAAGUUGACUACUUAUUAGGGUUAUUUGAGCCAUCUGACAUGACAUAUGAAUUAGAAAGAAACAAUAAAAUGGAUCCUUCUCUCAGUGAGAUGGUGGAGGUUGCAAUCAAUAUUUUAAAGAAGAACCCAAAAGGAUUCUUCCUGCUGGUAGAAGGUGGACGCAUCGAUCAUGGCCACCAUGAAGGCAAAGCAAAGCAGGCAUUGCAUGAAACAGUACAGAUGGACAUAGCAAUUGGUAAAGCUGGAGCUUUGACGAAUGACUACAACACUCUCACUGUUGUGACCGCCGACCACUCUCAUGUUUUUUCCUUUGGUGGCUACACACACCGUGGAAAUUCUAUUUUUGGUCUUGCACCAAUGGUUAGUGAUGUGGACAAUAAACCAUUUACUUCCAUCCUGUAUGGAAACGGUCCGGGAUACAAGUUGGUGAAAGGCGAGCGAGAGAAUGUUUCUAAUACUGACUACAACCACAACAAUUACCUGGCGCAGUCUGCUGUGCCCCUACGCCUAGAAACCCAUGGAGGUGAAGAUGUGGCGGUUUUUGCCAAAGGUCCCAUGGCUCAUCUGUUUCAUGGUGUACAUGAGCAGAACUACAUCCCACAUGUCAUGGCGUACGCUUCUUGUAUCGGGCAGAACAAGGACCACUGCAAGAAAGGCAGCCACAAUGACAGCGGGAUUUUCUGCAGAGCUCCUUCUCAUGCUUCACCACUGAUUGGAAUACUCGGCCUCCUCAUUCUCAUCCAACUGAUGUGUUGAUUCUGGUCUAUCAUGCCAGUAUAGUGGUUGGCACACCCCUGGGCUGGCAUUAAUGUCCAGGCAAAAACUUUCAGGUUGAAUUGAUAAGAGCAAAAACUAUUUGACUGACAAUCACCACACACAAAAGUGAGAUUGACUGUAAUUUUGGGGCAGAAGCCCACAGAAGACCAGGCCCACAGUCAAUGGACUAACUUGAGUGUUCUGCAUUGACAGGGAUGAGGGAGGGGUGGUUGGGACUUAUUUGUUAAAACUGGGUAAAUGCUUACAUGUAACAAGUUAAUGGUGCUGGGGACAUGGCAGUGCAGUCACGUGUUCUUUCUCAGGUUGAAUUGUUUAGUCUGCUCAGAGGUCACAGGGAGUGGAGAAGAGCAGCAGGAGUCAAAUUGUGAGGUGAGCAGCAACACCCAGGAAAAGAAAAGAAUGAAUGCUUUGCAUUACUGGAAACCGUGGAAAAUGGUUAUCAACGAACAUUAAAUGAUAUCCUGGGAGAUAAUCCAUCACUUGAAGGCACUAAAUUAUUCCAUGUAUUGAAAAAAAAAAAAAAACUGCGAACAAAAAAAAACAUAAGCAACAUUAGAAAUCUAACAAAUGAGAGUGGACCAUUCAGUCCAUCAACCAUGUUUGUUUAGCUAAUAGCUAAGCUGCCCUAAUAUCUUCUCCAGAAGAAGAAGAUAAUAAAAAUAAGAGCAUAAGAAAUGUGCACUGACUAUCUGGAAUAAGGAAGCAGUGACUGAAAUCUGGUGGCCAGUAGUUUAUGCAGCUCACUGAGUGGUGCUUUUCAGUUGACAUUUUACAGCCCCCUUUUGCCCACCGGAUCACUUCAUCCUCACAAUGUUGACUAAGAAAAGCACCCUGUGCUCAAAACUCAUUGUAUCCUUCUCUCACAAUGCACAAGAGGUAGCUCUAUGUACAUUUUAUAUAUACAGUACAAUUACUGCUUAGAGCACAAGCAGGCCUUCAUAUUCUUGUGUUUUUUAAUAUAAUAGUUAUUAACAAUCAGUUUAAUCACAAAGUCAGUUAAAGCAGGAUUAUUAUCAAUAUGUUCAAAGUUUAUACUUAAAAAAAGUGUGAAAUAUGUUGAAGAUACAGAUCACUCAAACAUCUUACCCAAUCCAGCACCCUGCAACCUGAAAUGAUAAACAUCUAAGUGACAGAUGGGUAAGUCUGCCACUAGAUGGUGCCAUUCUAUCUGCCACUUCACUACAUUCCUUACUGCUAAUAAAUGUGAAAAUGACCAAUGACAGGGAGCACAGAAAAUGACCCCCAGCAUUGUAAAAGUGCACCUAACAUUUUCUACUUAAUAAUCGCCCAUGUGAUUUGUGGCAAAGUCCCAAACAUUACCUCACACAUAGGCUUCUCACUGCUCCUACCAUGUAGACCUGUCCUCAUCGAUAAUUUUCCAAGGAAAGUAUGUGAAUUAAAUCUUGCCAUCCUAUUGAAAGUGAAUGAAAUAAGGCCAUAUAAAGUAAAACUUCCUAUUUAACACAGAAAGAAAUUUGACUGCUUACCAGCAUUGCUAGCAUCUGUAAUUUCCAUGUUACUUAUUAACUGUAUACCUUCAGGCUGUGUAUGUUUGUUCAUUGGAUUUAUUCAUAUGCCUUACGCUGUGCUUAUAUUAAACUUGGCUUUGGGGUCAAAGGGAACUUUUAUCAUUGACAUCACCAAGUGAUAGCCAUCACUUAGAUAUGCAAAAUAGAAAAAAAGUCUAUUGUAUUAUAAAUCUUGUUUAGGAGUUUUCAGUUUAAUCAGCUUUUAUAUUAAAUAAAACAUAUAUUUUUGUUUUUUUUUCUUAAGUUGAAAUAAUACUGAAUAAAUAUGCUGUUGUCUACCACUGU